AUGGCGUAUCCUCAGGAGCUGUCUCACCUCAGCCUAGGGGUGAAUACAAAUUCAGCAGAUGCAAUGCAGUUUCUGAGAGAAUACGAUCGUGAAGCAUCUGGAAUGUGUUACAGAGUAACUAUGGCACAAUGGAAGUUCGUCACUAACAUAACGGAGUUCAAUCGUCGUCGGAUGAUAGAAGAACUGGCUCUGAGCUCUAAGUUUGAAAAACUAUCCUGGAGGAAGGCAGCUGCUUAUGAUCCGUCUAGACUACCUGACCCCCAGAGUAGGAGACAGUUGAAUAGGAUCCUACAAGCCAGCAGAGCAGCUCUUUCUGAUGAGAAAUUUGCUGAGAUGCAACAGUUAAUAAAUGAAAUGAAGGAGAUCUAUAAUUCCGCAAAAAUAUGUCCAUUCGGUCAGAAGCCCUAUGACCCUCACAUACCAAAAGUGUCCUAUGCCACUGAUUUUCCAGAAACGAAUCGUGGCCAUCAACCUUACCAACUAACCAACCAGCCGUACCAACAUUACCAACCGGUCCAUGACAAUUCUGAAUACCCUAACUACUGUGAUAUGCAAUUGGACCCGGAAAUAUCAAGAAUUCUUGCACAUUCUAGAAUCGAAAGCGAAUUGCUGUACGUCUGGAUGAGUUUCAGAGAACAAACUGGUCCGAAAUUGAAGAAUCGCUUCAUGAGAUAUGUGCAAUUGGCUAACGAAGCAGCGACUAGUACUGGUUACAAAGACGCAGGUGAGCAGAUGCGUGCGGCGUACGAAGAUCCAUCAUUUAGAACUAGUGUUGAAGAAAUGUUUAACCAAGUAGCACCGCUUUACAAGCAAUUGUUCACAUACGUCCGUCGUAAGCUGGUGCUGCGUUAUGGUGAAAAUAGUGUCCGACCUGAUGGGCCCAUACCUGCACAUUUAUUGGGUAACAUGUGGGCACAAAACUGGAAAUCUAUAAUGGAUUUAGUGAUGCCAUUUCCUCAAGCACCAAACAUUGAUGCUACUUCUGAAAUGUUGCGGCAAGGUUUCACGCCACUAAGAAUGUUCCAAAUGGCGGAGGACUUCUACACGUCGAUGGGUUUGAAGCCAGUUCCGCCAGAGUUCUGGCGCAGCUCGAUGUUAGUACGACCACCACAGCGCAGCGUUCAAUGCACUGCCAGCGCCUGGGACUUCUGCAACAGGAUUGAUUACAGAAUUAAACAAUGCACAGAGGUGACGAUGCAGGAUUUGAUCUCAACGCAUCACGAGAUGGCGCACAUUCAGUAUUAUCUGCAAUACUCAGAACAACCUCAGCUAUUCCGGGAUGGAGCCAACCCUGCCUUUCAUGAAGCAGUAGCCAACGCCGCGACUCUUUCCGUGUAUAACUUGCCACAUCUUCAACGAGUGGGACUUUAUCAAAAUAAGUCCCACGACCCUUAUGAAGUGAGCAUGAACUUUCUGAUGUCGAUGGCGCUGGAAAAGGUUGCAUAUCUACCCUUCGCCUUUAUGGUUGAUCAGUGGCGGUGGUCAGUUUUCGAAGAUGGCGUCCAGAACAUGAACGCAAAAUGGUGGCAGAUGAAAUUGAGAUAUCAGGGAGUGAUACCACCUAAAACAAGAACUGAAGGCGACUUUGAUCCUGGAUCGAAGUAUCACGUUAUAUCCGAUCAGGAAUACAUCAAAUACUUCCUAGCGACGAUCUUGGAGUUCCAGAUCUUUGAACAGCUUUGUACGGCCGCUGGUCAUGCUGGACAUCUGCACGAAUGUGAUAUAUACAGAAGUCGGGAUGCUGGAAGGCUUCUGAGUGAAAUAAUGCAGCCGGGGGCAUCGAAAACCGCAUCUGAUAUCAUAAGAAGUAUGACCCGAGGGAAAACGAACAGGAUCUCCCCGGAAUCGCUUGUUAGGUACUUCAGACCCCUGGAACUAUGGCUUCGGGUACAGAAUCGUGACGAACAGAUCAUCGGUUGGAAUUCAAAUUACAACGACGUCGCGCUAUUCGCUCCACAGAGGGCGCUCUCUAACAAAAACUAUCCAUGUAUUUUGUUGCUUAUGUUCUUAAUUGCGUUGAUUUAAUGUUAUUAAGUUUAAUAAAUUUUGUUUUUUU